UGAGCAGGGUCCAUCCAUUAUCUAUACCUGCUUAUCCUGAGCAGGGUCCAUCCAUUAUCUAUACCUGCUUAUCCUGAGCAGGGUCCAUCCAUUAUCUAUACCCGCUUAUACCCGCUUAUCCUGGGCAGGGUCCAUCCAUUAUCUAUACCCGCUUAUCCUGGGCAGGGUCCAUCCAUUAUCUAUAUCCGCUUAUCCUGAGCAGGGUCCAUCCAUUAUCUAUACCCGCUUAUCCUGAGCAGGGUCCAUCCAUUAUCUAUACCUGCUUAUCCUGAGCAGGGUCCAUCCAUUAUCUAUACCCGCUUAUCCUGGGCAGGGUCCAUCCAUUAUCUAUACCCGCUUAUACCCGCUUAUCCUGGGCAGGGUCAUGGGGGGGGGGGGGCAGAGGCAGGAAUACACCCUGGACAGGCCGCCAAUCUAUCGCAGGGCACUCACGCCAUUCACACACACACACACACACACUCAUACCUAUGGGCAAUUUAGAGGAGUCUCCAAUUGGCCUACCUGCAUGUCUUUGGACUGUGGGAGGAAACCCACGCGGACACGGGGAGAACAUGCAAACUGCACACAGAAAGGCCUAAAGCCGUGAUUCGAACCCACGACCUUCUUGCUGUGAGGCGACAGUGCUACCCACUGCACCACCGUGCCGCCUGUAUGUCUGUAUCAUGUGGCUCAAUGAACAGGGCAAAGGGGCAAAGGGGAGAGAUCGCACUGGGUCUUUAUCAUUGGCAGCGCUGUCUCCUGACCACUGGAGCAGGACAUCUGGUGAGUCUGUAGGAUCUGUGCCAGUGACCUGUCAGUACCCAGCAUGCCUCUGUUCGACGGCUCUUUCCCAUAACACACACCGCUGCUGCUGCUGCCGCCCGUGUGUCUGUUGUCAUUUUUGUUUUAUUUUCGUAUUAUUUGCAAACAGAAACUGUAAUAAGCCGUCCGCCCUGCACACCCCUGCCCCCCCCCCCCCCCUCCUCCCCGCAAUGUCAUUAUACCCCUCUCGGUGUGACGCGUCAGAAAGGAAAAAUGGAACAUAAAUAAUCCGUCUGCUGCGGUAAAGCCCUGUAAAUUUGCACGUCCUGUCGCGCGCGGCUGUGAUUGAGAAAGAUUGGGAGCGGGAGUCCUGAGCGCCUCCGGAGCCGGGAGCUGAUUGGCCGACGGCGCCGGGAGAGCCUGAGACCGGCCGACGCCCGUUUCUGUCCGAGCCGGCGUGACCUGGCUCAUAAACAGAAGCUGUGCUGCAGCCGGUGAUUAUUAUUAUUAUUAUCAUAAUCAUAAUCAUAAUAAUAUCAGUAAUAACGGUGUUGAUGCUGGUCGUUAUUCGCACGGCUCCAGCGGGUGCAGGGGUGCGAGUGAGCUCGGCAGGGUGGGCGUGUCUCUCCCUCAUCCUGUUCUGGAAGCAGUGUAGAGAUCAGAUCCCCCCCUUUCAGGAGGGACAGAUUCUGGUGUUGGGGUCACAUAAAUCAGAGGUUCCCCAUUUUUUCAUCGCAAGGCCCCCCUGUGAUGACCAUUGAUCACUGGCUAAAAUACACUAUAUGACCUAAAGUAUAUGGACACCGCUUAUUCCAGUGAAGGCAAAUGUGACAGCAUGCAAUCACAUUCUAGACGAUUCUGUGCUUCCCCAACAGUUUGGGGAAGGCCCGUUCCUGCUUCAGCAUGACAACACCCCCAGGCACACAGCGAGGUCCGUAUGGAAAUGGUUUUGAAGAACUUGACUGGCCUGCACAGAGCCUUGACCUCAACCCCACACAACACCUUUGGGAUCAGUUGGAAAGCCAACUGUGAGCCAGGCCUAAUCGGCCAAUCAGUGCCCGGCCUCACUAAUGCUCUUCUGGCUGAACUGAAGCAAAUCCCUGAAGCAAUGCUCCACCAUCUAGUGUAAAGCAUUCCCAGAAGAGUGGAGGUUGUUAUAACAGAAAGAGGUGUGAUCAAAUGCUACUCGGUAAUGUAAUGAUUGAAUUGGUGGCGAGGCAGGGGGGAGUGCGAAUGCUUUUUAACGGCACCAACAAACACGGUUAACGUUGCGUGGGCAAGCUCAGAUUGCUCUCAUAUUUACAGAAGCUGUUCCCCCUGGCCAGCGAGGCUCUGGGUUAGCAGGACUCUGGCGGUUAUAUAAACUGUGUUACUUCACGGCACAAGUGAACGCAUGUAGACGUUGUCCUCUUGAAACAAGAAUAAACACAUGUUAUGCAAAUUGAUGUGCAUUAAAUUAUUUUAUUUUGAAGGAAAAACGAGAGACGCCCUCUCCAGACUGGCCUCUACCAGGAACGGGACUGUCCAUAGCUACAUUUAUUACCCAAUAGGUGUAACACGCACAUGCUCUCCGUACGCGUGGUUUAGGGCAUAAAAACCAAAGACCUAGAGAACGAUAAAUGCCCCGCAAUCACAAUUUCAGAAAGCCUGCGUAUACUGAAGACAUUUUAAAGCGUUAUUUUGACUGUUUGUUCUCGCUUGAUUGGGGGAAAAGUCAUUGCUAUCGUAAAAAAGCGGUACUGCACCUUUAAACCACCCUGGUUCCAACAAGUAGUCUGAGCGCUCUCCAAAUGUGAGCUUUCCUCCCCGCUGCGCAAGGUGCCGCGGUUUGUAUUUUUUCUGUUAAUGCUCCAACUCCCGAUCGUAGGGUAUUUCGAACAGAGGCUCGUGGAGCUAGUGCGGACUUUUUUUUUCUUCCCCCCGAAGACGUCGCUUUUUACUAAAAAUCGAACGGACAGCCAAUACUGACAGCGCUACCUUACCUGCACUGAAUCAACACUGCUGAGAAGGCUUUGGGGAAGUAAACAGUACGUUCGGCUCGUGGCGGACGAGGCACGGGGAAAAGUGCCAAGAACGCUCCAAUAUUGUAGUGGGACUGAUACGUCCACACAGCCAUGACGCUGACGUACAGGAAGAAGACUGCCAAAGGCAAGAGCAGCAACAGUGGCCCCACCGCGAAAGGUAAAGACAGCGGGAAAAGCGGCAAAGGCACCCCCGGGACCGAGGCUCUCUCAAACGGCGUGGUCCACCCCAGCCGACCUUCGCUCAGCAACAGCGGGGAGUUCUACGACCUCGCUUUUAAGGUGAUGCUGGUGGGGGACUCAGGCGUGGGGAAGACCUGCUUGCUUGUGCGCUUCAAAGAUGGGGCCUUCCUGGCUGGCAGCUUCAUCUCCACCGUGGGCAUCGACUUCAGAAAUAAGGUGCUGAGCAUCGAUGGGGUGAAGGUUAAACUUCAGAUCUGGGACACGGCUGGACAGGAGCGCUUCCGUAGUGUCACUCACGCUUACUACCGCGAUGCUCACGCCCUGCUCCUGCUGUACGACGUGACCAAUAAAACAUCGUUCGACAACAUCCAGGCCUGGCUGACAGAGAUCCACGAGUACGCCCAGCAGGACGUGGUGCUGAUGCUCCUGGGGAACAAGGCUGAUUCCACACAUCAGAGAGUGGUGAGGAGAGAGGAGGGGGAGAAACUAGCCAAGGAGUUCGGGGUGCCCUUCAUGGAGACCAGCGCCAAGUCUGGGCUCAAUGUGGACCUGGCUUUCACCGCCGCGGCCAAAGAGCUGAAGCACAGGUCCUUGAAGGAAUUGAGUGAACCAAAGUUUCAGCUCCAGGAGUACGUGAACAAGGAGAUGACCAAGGCCACCAACUGCUGCGGAUCCUAAACCACCAACCACACGUGCCUGUGUGUGUGUGUGUGUGUGUGCAUAUGUGUGCGUGUGUAUAAGCGUGUGUUAGUGUGUGCGUGUAUAGAUGUACAUGUAUAUGUGUGUGUGUGUGUGUGUGUGUGUGUGUGCAUGCAUACAUACAUUCUUUUGGGAGAAAGUUUAAAAGACUGGGCAGGACUGAGGAUUCUGGAGUUUGAUUUUCAGCUGUAACAUUAACUACAGACUUUCUGAUGAUUUCUCACCCUCAUUAAAAUUUUGUGGCGGGUAUGUUCA